CUUUCUGUGGUGACAGAUUUCAUGAAGACCCGAGUAUGAGGAUUAAAGCAGAGAGAAGAAAAUGUUCGAUAAAAUCCUCUGCAUUUUCCCGUUUUAAAUGCAAACUCACACACAGAGACCAGGACAGGUAUGCAGAGGAAUCAUACUUCUUCACAGGGACGCACUGUUUACACAUCACUUCCCCUAAUAUGCGGUGACAUUAAUCAAUUCCACCUGCCACACACAGUUUGGAGUUUGCUGAAAUAGCCAGCCUAGGAUGGGAAUUUUCCAGACACAUGAAGAGAAAGACAAAGAAAAGAGACUGAUGAAAAGAAAGACACAACUCAGUCCUAUGAGCUGCCAGGGAGAUCCAGACCAAAAGAAAAAUAUUCCAGCCACCAGGGUCGCCCAUACUACACUCUAAAAAAUGUUGGGUUAUUUUUUCUACCCAACCGCUGGGUUAAGUCUGUUGGGUCAUUUUAUUGGGUUAUUUUCUCAGUGUUGGGUAGUUUUUAGUGUAACCCAGCCGCUGGGUUACCAGUUGGGUCAAUUUUAGUGACAGUUGACACCGUGAACCCCUCCCCCUCCUCGACGCCUCAACUCUACCUUCGCGCCGCGGGCAUUUUGAAUCACCUCAGGAGUCGAGAGCCAUCGUUUUUCAGCGAGGACAGCUGUUAUUCGGAGAAAAAAAGGGAAGCAUGGUUCAGCCCUGGACGAAGCCAUCGUCCAGCUACUGGAUUUCUGGAGGAACGCUUGUGAAAUGUCAGGAAGAGAACCCGUCGUGAAAACUGCACAAGCCGUGAGAAAGAGGAUUCUCAAGCCAUAAGCAGCACCUUGGUUAUACCAGAGCCAAGUAUUUCACCUGACAGAGCAGUACAACUUGCAGAAUGGCUUAAAAAUAAUAUGUGGCCAGCUAACCAAGUUGCAGAUUACAUGAAAGAAACAGCCAUCCACAUGGCUCAGUGGAUAAGAGCUAACGGGACAAAAUCUAUCGAGGAAAUAACUUGUGAAUUCCCUCGACUCCUUGAUACGCCAGGCAUGAUUUCACAAGACUUCUCUGUAUUAUUCCCCGACCACGCAGAGAGACUUUUCCAAACUUGGAAAAUGAGUUUCAAAGACAAAAUCCUUUGCUUUGCCAGCCAGGAGAAAAAGGCGCAGGAGCUUCUCCAGAAUUUAGACAGUUUGUCGCCAGAAGUCCAAAGUGACGUUGCACUCAGGCUGCUUCCUGUAAUACUGCCCACCCCUGUCUACAAAAAAGGGAUGAAAAUGUUCAAACCAAGCUUGGAAGAAAAUAUCAAGUCUUUCAUUGAAUUCAAGCAUGUUGGGACCAACAUGGUUGAAUAUUUGAAGGAGGCAGAGCUCACUAAACCCUUCCCCUUUGUCCUUGGUCUUGGGGAUGACAGUCAAUGCCAUCAAGCCUUUGUAGUUGUUGGCAAACAGGCACUGCAUCAAAACACACUUCUUGGUGCUGUGGACACAUGCUUUAAACUUUUUUAUGUUUUAGACAUCCAUUUCCCGAAGCAGUGUGCACCAGUGUGGGAGUUUUUGCAGACUGUUGUCUACAAACUCCCAGGAACUGAAUCUCCUUCUUUAAGACUGCUCCGUGGAUAUUUGUCAUGUUGAGCAGUACUGGAACCAUGAAAACUAACCCUUUCUAAAGUGUUAUGCAAGUUUAUAUUAAGAGGAAAGUUGUCAGACUAAUACAUAUAUCUAAAGCAUUUUACUUGUAUCACUUUGUUCGUGUGCCUCUUUGUUAAACAUACUCUCUAAAAAGUUAUGAGUUUAUAUUAAGGGGAAAGUCAUCUAACUAAUAUAUAUGAAGCAUUGUACUUGUGUCUUAUACUUGUGUAUAUAAUGUAAAUGUUUAAAUCUAAGCUAAUUUAAUUUAUUGAUAUU